AUGUCUUCCCAGAAGAACGUCCUGUUGGUUAUCGCCGACGACCUCGGCAAGUCUCUGGGUUGUUAUGGCGAGAAGAAUAUCCAAACGCCACACCUUGACGCACUGGCCCGAGAAGGAGCCGUCUUCGACAAUGCGUUCGCCAGUACCGCAUCUUGCAGCGGCAGCCGAUCCGUCAUUUAUACUGGUUUACACACGCACGAGAAUGGCCAAUACGGACUGGGCCACUCCACGCACCACUUUAUGACAUUCGACCAUAUCCAGACCGCGCCACAGCUACUCCGGGAUCACAACUAUCUAACCGGCAUCAUCGGUAAAAUCCACGUGGGACCCCUUUCAGUAUAUCCGUGGGAAGUGGUGGUCGAAAGUCCAAGUCGAGACGUGUCUUGGGUCGCUGAGCAGGCCUCGUCCUUCUUCGACCAGGCCAAGAAUGGCGAGCGGCCGUUCUUCCUGACUGUCGGAUACAUGGACCCCCAUCGGGAUCAUACUCGAGGUGGGUUUGGUAACGGGGACAGUCAGGUUUCGGCUGAAGACGGCCUCUACGAUCCAGCGACGGUCACUGUCCCGGAUUCCCUGAGUGAUAUCCCAGAAGUACGCCAGGAAUUGGCCGAGUACUAUCGGGCAAUUGGUCGUGUGGACCGAGGGUUCGGCUUGAUUAUGAAAUCGCUGAAAGAGCAUGGUUUGGAUCGCGAGACCCUGGUCAUCUUCAUGAGCGACAAUGGUCCACCAUUUUUGAAUUCCAAGACAACCCUCUACGACGCGGGUAUCCGCCUGCCCCUCAUCAUCCGCCAACCAGGUGGCGCUUCCGGGAUCCAGAACCCGAAUUUGGUCUCUUACAUCGAUAUUCUACCGACUAUCCUGGACUGGACUGGCUACCAGGAGUCGCAAGCAGCCGAGCCACGACGAAGAGGACGUUCACUAUUGCCGAUUCUGGCCAAUUCCUCACUAGAUGAUGCAUGGACCCAAGUGUUUGGAUCACACACAUUCCAUGAAAUCACGAACUACUAUCCAACCCGCUUCUUGAGAAAUUCCAGGUACAAGUACCACCGAAAUGUGGUGUGGAAAAUCGACUUUCCUUUUUCCACGGACCUUUACGCAUCCCUGUCGUGGGAGGGCAUGCGAAACGUUGAUGGGCCGGUGAUGAUCGGCAAACGGCCACUCGAGAGCUACAUCCAGCGCCCAGCAGAAGAACUGUACGAUUUGCAGAACGAUCCGUUCGAAGUCACCAAUCUUGCAUCCGAUCCGGGGCAUCAAGAUCUCCUGCGUCGCUUGCGAGCAGAAAUGGAAAACUGGCAACGGGAGUCGAAGGAUCCUUGGUUAUUCCGUGACGGAGUGUCAUUGUUGGAAAUGCACGGACAUCUGAAGGCUGGGCUGAAGAUUCCAGACCGAUUUGACUUUGAUCUUUCUGCGCCUGGGUCAAGAGGUGAUCAGAAAACCAUCUAA